GGGAGCAAUCAUCUGCCCCGUGCUAGUGUCACAAGCAUACCGUACGCGUGUGCGCAGCGCUGUCCUACUUCCUACCUCACUUCACUCGGGUUGGUCUGGGGUCUCGUUGUUUGAUUGACUCUGAAUUGCGACUGAUAUCUGCCCCGCCAGAAAAAUCUUCCACACGGAAGACUGCGUACUUGCUCGUCUCUUCCCACAUUGACCACGCCCGCGAGUAAGGCUGUUGCACAUCUCGACGUCUCCGGGCUUGUUGCCGCCAGCACACGAUUAUGCUCGCACAGCUCGUGUGGGAGAGCUUCGCGUUUGUGUAUGCGGCUGCGAAUCUGCUCGGUGUGAUUGUGCUAGCGGGCCUGCGCGAUGGGGCCUUCUUCAAGCGGCCUAGCAAGGAAGCUGUGAAGGAGGUGCAGAUUGCGCAGAAACAAUACUGGAGCGUUGGGCUCAAUCCUCUGCCCGGGUUCUCGCAUCGGUUUUUCACGCUAAGGAAUGGAGUCAAGCUGCACUAUGUCGUCAAGACGGAUUCGCUGUUGCGGAAAGACAGCCUUCGGUCUUCGCAGGAUGAUGCUGUCAAGCCGCAGAACGUUGCUGUGUUCAUUCACGGCUUUCCUGAUUCCUUCCUUCUGUGGAAAAAAAUACUCGGAGCUUCGUCACUCGACUCCCAUAUUCUCAUCGCGGUUGAUCUACCCGGCUACGGGGGGAGUGAGGGCAUCAACACGUACAGUGCCAACGACGUCUUAGAAACCAUGGCAGAGUUCAUUCUGGGCAUGCGAGAGAAGUACCUGAAGGAGGAGGCGAAGAUAUUGCUUGUCACACACGACUGGGGAGCUGUCAUCGGGGCGAGGCUUGCGGCGGAGGCAUCACAGCUUGCCGAUCGUUGGGUGAUCGCCAGUGUUUUGAUCCCAGAGCAUGCAUACUCUAACACCACGGCUAAGGUUGCAUCCGCAAAGCAAAUGCUUCACACCUACAUGCGUCAGCCCACUCGCAUCUCUCUUCUCAAGAAUGCGUACAACACGAUGAAGCCAGUCCUGAGCCAGUUCAGGCGCUCUUUCUACGUCUUCAUCUUCAAUCUACCCUAUCCCCUCGCACCCAUCUUCCCCACCUUCGGCAACUAUUGGUUCCUCCGCCUCCUCCACAAAGCUGGCCACGGACGCCUCGCCCCCAGCAAAUACCGCAAGCUCACCUCCAAGGAGGCAGGCGACGCUAUGGCCUCCUCCGCAGGACCCGCCCUUGCCCAGCUUGACGAGCCCAACGGCUACGCGGCAUCCCUCAAGAAUCGCCUCCCCAACAAUGGCAUGCUAGAAAAGUUCCGCAUCUACCGCGAGGGCCUCUUCCGCGGCCCCUGGGAGAAAUCCAUCGAGACUGUUGUUGCGCUCUCGGAGAUCCAGUCCUCGAGCAAGCGCGGCUCAGGUGGCUCAGGCGCAGGCUUGUUUGAUGAUGGUCCGCCAGGUGCGCUCAAGGCGCCUGCGACCAUCGUGUACGGCGCUGACGACCCGGCGUUUGAGAGCCAGCUGGCGCUUGGUGGGGUGGGUGAUUACCUCGCCAAGGAUAGCCAGGUUGUAGUGUUGGAGGAUUCGGGACAUUGGCUGCCGCUCGAGGAGCUAGGGAGCAGUGCAAUCGAAGAGGUGGUCGCGUGGGCAAUGGAGGGCGAGGAGGGCGCGCUGAAGGAGAGGUUUGGGGGUAAGUGGAAAGAGAGGGUGAGGUUUCAUGUGCAGGUAUAGAGGAUGGAAAGAAAGGGAUCGGCGGGGCGAGACAGAGCAUUAGAAUAGGAAGGCUUGUAUGCGCUUGAUAACGGAACACUUGGGCGAUGGUGAUGGUUGUAUGAUACCACGUCAUGAAUGUGAGUGACGUCCUAUCACAGAAAGUAUUCAUGUGUUGCGAGGAAAUGAAAAGAGCAGGUGGUUU